ACCACAAUGGCCAUUCUCCGCGUUGCGCCCACCAGGGCUCAGCAGGCCGUCAGUCUCCUGCGUGCGGUCAACUCUGGUAGCAGCACGUGUCCAUGUCACUCCAACCCCGGCGCCCACGCUCACAGCCAUGGCGGUCUCUCCAACCCUUUUGCCGGCCGCAAGCGAUCCCUCGCCACCCCAGUCGACUCUAGCCAGCAAAAGGAGUAUGCCUUUGAGAUGGCUGCCUCUAGCAUUCGAUUCGGACCCGGGUGUACCAAAGAAGUCGGCAUGGACUUCAAGAACCUCGGGGCCAAGAAGGUCAUGGUCGUCACCGACUCGACCGUCCUCAACCUCGAUGCGAUGAAGCAGGUUUCAGAAGGCCUCGAACGCGAGGGUAUUGCAUACGAAGUUUUUAGCAAUGUCCGUGUGGAGCCCAAGGACUAUUCCAUCCGAGAAGCCAUCGAUUACGCCAAGCCAUAUCAGCCAGAUGCCUUUCUUGCCGUGGGUGGAGGUAGUGUCAUUGACACAGCAAAACUCAUGAACUUGUACACUACCUGUCCUGAUGCCGAUUUCCUCGACUUUGUCAAUGCUCCUCUUGGUAAGGGCAUGCCCAUUACGGCCAAACUGAAGCCAUUGAUCGCUGUACCCACCACGGCCGGCACUGGCUCCGAGACGACCGGAACUGCCAUCUUCGACCUCGUUUCGAAGAAAGCUAAAACUGGUAUUGCUCACCGGAAUCUGAAGCCUACUUUGGGAAUAUGUGAUCCCAUCAACACUCGUACUAUGCCUUCGACAGUACACGCCUCUUCUGGUCUUGAUGUCCUGUUGCAUUCCCUCGAGUCGUGGACGGCCAUCCCAUACUACGAGCGUGUACCGAGGCCGAAAAAUCCCAUCGAGCGUCCAGCAUACCAGGGAGCCAAUCCAAUAUCUGAUAUUUUCUCACUGCAAGCGCUGCGAAGCACUGUGAAGUACCUUCCCCGCGCCGUGAGGGACCCCGAUGACUGGGAGGCUCAGUCCAACAUGCUUCUUGCCGCUACGCUCGCGGGUGUCGGCUUCGGUAAUGCAGGCGUGCAUCUCUGCCAUGGCAUGAGCUAUCCGAUCAGCUCCCAAAACCGCGAGUACAAGCACAACGGCUACAACGUUGAUUUCCCCAUCAUCCCUCAUGGUGUGUCGGUCGCGGUGACUGGACCGAGUGUGUUCAAGUUCACGGGAGCGUCCAACCCAGAGAGACAUUUGGCCGCCGCCGAAUGUUUCGGUGUUGACAUCUCGCAAGUCAAGAAGGAGAGCGCUGGUGAAGUACUCGGCGAGGCUAUCGCGCAGUUCUUGGUUAAUCUUGGCGAUCAGCCACGAGGAUUGAAGGCGCUUGGCUUCCGCUCAUCGGAUGUUGAGACCUUGGUCGAGGGUACCAUGCCACAGGCGAGAGUGUUGAUGCUUGCGCCGAAUCUUGACACGAAUGGCGGACAAGAGGAGAGGGAGCAGCUGACCCGGCUGUUUGAGGAUGCUAUGGAGUAUUAG